UUUCUUUUCUCUCUUUAAAAAUGGAAAAAAUUCCUUUCCGGUGGUGUCUUCAGCUUUUAUUUCAGCAGUCAGUCUUUCACUGAGUUCAAUCUUUCAUCUGUUCAACUCUCUGGACUGUCUUUUUUCUUUCUCCUCUUUCAUUACCUUUCUUUUCCUUUUAUUUUCUCCUGUGUCUUUUUCUUGUCUUUUAACAUCUCUCCACACAUUUUCACUAUCUUUUUCAUCAAUCCAUUGACCAAAUUGUUUACACAUCAUCAAAUGUUGACUGUAUUAUAAUUUUAAAGGAUUCCCAUAAUCAAUUCAUCUCCACCAUCAUUACAUCAUUAUCAUCUAUAGUCAAUACUGAGAUAAUUUUCAAUGGAUAAUUAUGAUACAUAUGGAGCCGUUGGAAGCAACUAUGAAUCUCAUGGUUAUAUGCCAAACAUGGAGACAUACCAGAGGCAUGUAGAAUAUUCCAACUACCGGGACUAUCAAAUCAAUCCAUCUAUAGCCCCAUCAAUUACAUCCGAAUCACCACCUACUCUGAGAAGAGGGCCAUCUCUUCAUGGAGGACAUCAAGCAGGUCCACCUCAGCCAACAUCUAUGCAACCUAUCAAUCACAUGCCACAAUCAGGUUACGAUGAGCUCGAUUCAACAUUACAAUAUACUCAAUUCCAACAUGCUUCUCAACCAUCAUCAAAUGGCUAUUUAAUCCAAGCUCAACCCUCUCCAAAUGGUUAUGCCGGUAGCACCGGCGGCUCUUCAUCUGUGAAUCAAUUACAAGGAGUGACUCCAAGCCCUGGACCUCUUCCGCCAUCAUCCGGAGCUGGUUUACCGAUGCAGUCAACUGCUAAUGCUGGUACUUACAAUCCAUAUGAACUUCAUCCACCUUCUGGCUAUUUAGACCGCCGGCAGAGCUAUGACGAUCAUGGUACUUAUAGUACUGCACCUAUGCGCGGUCCACCGCCUAGAACAGUUUUUCCUGAAGACAAUCUCGCUGACCCAGGAUCCAAUCUAACUGGUGACGGUAGUGUUAGAUGGAGAGAUCCUGAUCUUCAUGAGGUUAUUGAAUUCCUUUCUCAUCCUAAUCCAGUUAUACGUGCAAACGCGGCUGCUCAUUUACAGCAUCUAUGUUUUAGUGAUGAUAAUAUAAAACAAAAAGCCCGCGCUCUCGGAGCAAUUCCUCCUUUGAUCAACUUAAUUACUCAAGAUUCUUUAGAGAUUCAAAGGAAUGCUUGUGGAGCUUUGCGUAAUAUAAGUUAUGGUAGACGUAAUGAUGAAAAUAAAAAAGCAGUCAGAAAUGCUGGAGGUCUAGUGGCCCUGGUUAACUUGCUUCGCAAGACAAUUGAUAAUGAACUGGAAGAGCUUAUUACUGGUGUCUUGUGGAAUCUCAGUUCAUGCGACCCUCUUAAAAGGUCCAUCAUUGAUGAUGCCCUCGGUACAUUGGUAAAUCGAAUAAUUAUACCCCAAUCGGGAUGGACAAGCAAUUUCCCUAAUAAUGAUUCAUCGUCCAAUGCCAGUGAUGCCAUGAUGCAAUCUUCAGGGAAUCCCGAAGGAUGGUGGUCGGUAAUUUUUCGCAACGCCAGUGGUGUUUUAAGAAAUGUUUCCUCUGCUGGUGAAUAUGCCAGAAAAAAGUUACGUGAAUGUGAUGGCUUAGUUGAUUCUCUAUUGUUCCUUAUACGAUCAGCCAUCGUCAAGAAUGAUAUCGAUAACAAAUCAGUGGAAAAUUGUGUUUGUAUUUUAAGAAACCUUUCUUACCGGUGUCAAGAAAUAAUUGAUCCUGAAUAUGAUAAACAUCCAGCUCCUAUUACUAACGACUCUCGCUCAGUAUCUCCAUCCUCUUCUCGAGCAGUUGCUAUAAUGGGUUCUGUAAGUUCUAAAGUUGGUGAUAAUUUAGGAUGUUUUGGAAUGAGUAAGAAGAAAACGAAAGAAACAGCAGCCACUCCAACAGAAAGUAAAAGUCUAACCCAAGCUACACAACAAUUGUCAUUAAAUACUACUGGUAUACCAGGCAUCAAUAGGAGACCCAAUGAACCGAUCGCAGGAAUGGAAUUACUGUGGCAACCAGAAGUUGUUCAACCUUACUUAGCGAUACUAAGUGAAUGUUCAAAUCCUGAAACUUUAGAGGCUGCUGCUGGAGCAAUUCAAAAUCUUGCCGCCUGUUAUUGGCAACCCUCUAUUGACAUUCGAGCUGCUGUUCGCAAAGAAAAAGGUUUGCCGGUUUUAGUUGAACUACUCAGAAUGGAGGUUGACAGAGUCGUCUGUGCUGUAGCCACUGCUCUAAGAAAUUUAGCACUUGACCCAAGAAAUAAAGAGUUGAUAGGAAAAUAUGCAAUGAAAGAUUUGGUAUCCAAACUUCCCGAGGGUAACCCACAGCAUGACAUGGGUACAUCAGAUGACACAAUCGCUGCUGUGUUGGCCACUUUAAAUGAAGUAAUUUCUAAAAAUGCUGAUUUCGCUAAAUCACUUCUUGAAGCUGAUGGAAUGGAACGGCUAGUCUAUAUAACAAAAAACAAAACAAAAUAUUCUUCUCGAGUAUUCAAAUUUACAUCUCAGUUAUUAGCAAAUAUGUGGCAGCAUUCGGAUCUGAGAGAAGUUUACAGAAAAGCUGGUUAUAAAGAAUCUCACUUUUUGGUCCGCCAUGUAAUGAGCCGUAAUUCCUCUGGAGGUGUGCUUCAAUCUCCAACAUCAAGUGCAAAUAAUACCUUAAGUCGUCCAAUGAGUACUCAAGGAGGUACCAGAUACGAGGACCGCACCCUUUCCAGAGGAGGUGGCCGGGAAAUGAAUAUGACACAAAUGUCACUUAAUAGGCCUGAAGAAUACCAACUUUCUGAUAUGGCUCACAGAGGAGCGCCUGAACUUGCUCAUACUCCAGCUCAUCUUCAAAAUCAACAAUUAGCAUCCCAACAACAACUAGCCCAACAACAGGCCCAGCAACAAUUAAAUGCAGCUCAACAACAACAACAGCAACAACAGCAACAACAACACCGUCCGCCUGUCGGUGGAGUACAAAUUUAUCCGCCUGGAGUUAAGUAUAUUCGUGGUAAUAGUACGGAACCAGUUUAUGCCCAAGUUAAUCGUGAACGGAAAAAACAUUCCCGCCCUGGAGCAGAUUUUACCUCAUCGACUCAAGCUCUCCUCGGAUCUGACACGAGUAAUAGUUAUGAUCCUACGACCAAUGAACCCAUCUAUCCUCCUCCAAUGCCUGCUGGAGAUUCGUGGGUUUAAUUAUAACCCUUCUCAAAAUGCCACUGAAGCUUCAUGUGCUCCUUUGAUCUUUCAACCUUUCCUAUCUUCCUUCCUCUUUAUCCUUACCCUUAAUACUCCUCCAUGGAUACCUUUUCUCGUAGGUUUACUCCAAUUCCUAAAAUGAUAAAUUAAUUCCUUAGUACAUCGAUAUUCUAAUCUUUCUACUUCUACUGUCUUUGAGCCAAAUCAAUCUUGUCAAUCUCUGUGGUGUACACAAUCAUUGUAAUAUUUUUGGCUAUCGUCUAGUUUACGCUUAUCGAGUUUAAACUAUGAUUUGAAAAUUUAAAAAGAUAUAACUAUAUUUCCAUGUGUCCACAAACUGAGCAAAACAAUACAAAAAUGAAGAAAUAUCAAACAUUGGUGAUUCAAAGAUUUAAAAAGAGACCAAGAAAACAAAACAUUCAUCUUUAACGAAAAGACAAAGCUGAAAAAUCCUCAUUUCCUUCAUUCUAAGUGCCAACAAUCUUAAUCUCAAUCAUUCAACCAAGAGCAGCAUAAAUUGACUAUUAAUUCUUCAUACAUUUAAUGUUAUAAGUGUCCAUUUUCAUGUUACCUGUUCAAUAUUCUUGCUAUAUUUCACCUGGAAAAAGCGCUUAUUGAUAAUUAUUACCUUCAUCGUGUUAACAACCACAAUUAUUCAUGACACACUAUUUUCAUCUCAUCAUCUUUUUCCUGACUGGCGCCACAUUUCGCCUCAUUUUCCUUCUACUUUUAUAUCAGCUACCAAAAAGAAGCUAUUUCUUGCCCUUCCUGAGUUCCUCUUUCAAUGAAGUUUUCAUCUUUUUUCACCUUUAGCUUAGUAAUCGAGGAUAAACAUUGCUUCUUGUACAAAAUCAAUCUCCUGGUCCGGAUAUUUCAUACUCAUCUUGACCUUUUCCUUUUCCUUUUUGUUCUUGUCUUUUGUCUUCUCUUUCAUGACAAAUCUCUUCACAUUUCAUGUAUUUUUUAUCAAAUAUUUGAACUUGAAAAACUCAAUUAAUUUCACGUUGGCCGUGAUUGUGGUUAGACUUUGAAUUUACUGUUUCAAUCAAUCAUCAUCUGCUAUCUGUAAUCUUAUUAGUUUACCUCGAAACUCAUCUUUGGACUUUUCCCUUUUCCAUUGAUUGGUUUUACUCCUUUCCUUCAUCCACUCUAUGAAUCGCCCUUUAUUAUCAACAUUAUCAUCUUCAUCUUCAUCUUUCAUACACCUUGUACUUUUGCAAAAUCAAAUGGUUUGGUUAAUCAUGUUCUUUUAUCUCAGUUAUGUUUUUCUUCUUCUUUACCCCAUUAAAUACAUCAAACCUCACAACUACUUGAGCAAUCUUUCAAACGUUAAAUUGAAAUUUUCAAUCAAUAAAGAAAAGUAUUCGAAAGUAGAUUUCGCUUGGAGAUCGAUACACCAAGAAUACAACAAAACGAAUUUUCCAUUGAAA